GAGAAAUUAUCAUGAGGAGUACACCAGAAGGGAACCCUUUGGACCUGAACAACUUGCCUGAGGAGUAUGGCAAACAACCCUUGGAAGAGAGCUCCACCACAACUGCUGCUUCCACUGACACUGCCAGGUUUAAGAAGAAGAAGGGUUCUGGUAAGGAUGAUGCCAAGGUUUAUGAGUGCCGUUUUUGUUCCUUAAAGUUCUGCAAAUCUCAAGCUCUUGGUGGCCACAUGAACAGACAUCGCCAAGAGAGGGAGACUGAGACACUCAACAGAGCUCGCCAACUGGUUUUCAGCACUGAUGGAGGCCAUGGAUCUCAUAUUGGGUUGAGGGAGAUGAACAUAGGAGGAGGUGGUGGAAUGCAAAGUAUAAGCCCAGGGAGUUUCCAGCACAGAGGAGGUGUUGCUGAACAAUGUUUGCCUCUCAGGCCAAUGUAUCCAAGACUACCAACACAACCAUAUGUUUACCCUUCUUCUUCUUCUUCUUCUUCUUCUUCACAUCAUGUGGCUUAUCCUGCUCCUUAUCCUCCUCCACCCCAUCACCCUCCAGUUGGUGACUAUUUCAUUGGCCAUGUCAUUAGUGGCAGUGGAAGUGGGGUAAACUCACAGAGGCAAGCAGUAAACCCUAACCCUAAUUAUAGUACUAGUGGUGGGGGUGAUCAAACAAACUACACUUGUUAUGGAGCUCCACUUCCUCAGAACUUUCAGGUUGGAGAUAGACUUCCAGUAACUAGAGAAAGUGCAACUACUAGUAACAACAACAACAACAACAACAACAACAACAACAACAACCAAGGAGAAGGACUAGGAGUGAACUGGAGUACUUCAAACCCAAGCUUUGUUGAUUGA